AUGGAUCUGGACUCUAGUCCACCGAAUGGCACCGCGGAGCCACGUCGGAAAUCAGGCAGAAUUGUCCGCAAACCAGAUGUCUUCUCUCAGGAACUCCACGAAGGCAGCGCCUUCAUGAAUGGCUCCACGAAGCGGAAAAGGCUCACCGAUACGACCGCGGCGCACGACGGGGAGGAUCAAGAGAAUGAGGACGAAGAGUCCGAAUCCGAAGAUGACGAGAGCGAGGGAGAACCCGAUGAAGAAGAAUUGAAAGCUAGGCGCAGAGCACAACGAACAAAGGGAGCGGCCGCGAAGCCUGCUACCAAAAGAGCCAGAACGACCAAUAGUUCCAGCACCACAUUGGCAAUUCGCUCAGGCAACGCGCAGAGUAAAUCUGGCUCUAAAGGGGCAAAGACACAGAAAGCACGCGCUCGACCAAGCCAGGCGCAUCAACAAGGACUGUAUGCCGAAGUGUUUGGAAAAGGACUCUCUGCCGAAGACGCGGCAUCUGUGUGGUUCCAAUCUCUGCAGAGCGAUAGUGUCGCUGCCAUACGGGACCUGAUCAAUUUCGUCCUCCAAUGCAUCGGUUGUGACUCCAGGGUUGAGUCCCAGGACAUUGAAGACCUGGAUUCCGUUCCCAGCAAACUCGGAGACAUUCUGCAGGAGUAUGAACAACAGAAACCGCCCGAUUAUCCCCUGAUAGCGAAGCAGAAGCAAUACGUGGGCUUUCAAUCAGUCUUGGAAGACUUCUUCAAAGCCAUCAUCAAAGCGUUGCAUAAUUCAUCCAUAUUCUACGACCAGCCCGAGGUCUACGACAACAUCCAUGUCUGGAUUGCCACCAUGUCCGGUGCAAACUACAAGUCUUUCAGACACACUGCUACCAUCAUAUCUCUAUCGAUGAGUACCGCAUUGUGCGAAGUCGCAAAAGAAUUGCAGGAGACGAUGGCAACUCUUAAGUCCCAACUCGAUGCGGAAAAGAAGAAGAAGAGUGUCAACAAGGGUCGCGUCAAGACCAUCGAAGAAAGUCUGAAAUCGGCAGAGACGAAACUCGAAGCCGUCGAUGCUCAACUGAGAGAUGCGUUCGACACCGUGUAUGUUCAUCGAUACCGCGACGUCGAGGAAAGAAUUCGAGCUCCCUGUGUUGCUGCCCUCGGCUCCUGGAUCAUGCUCUACCGCAAAAUGUUUUUAGAAGGCCAAUACCUGCGAUACCUGGGAUGGGUAUUGAAUGAUACCAGUGCUACGACACGGCUGGAGGAUAUCAAGCAGUUGAAGAAUCUGUUCAAGAACAAGAAGAACAUCGGUGCCUUGAGAGCGUUCACAGACCGCUUCCGACCCAGACUGGUGGAAAUGGGGACCAGGGACGCUGAUAUCAGUGUCAGGGUCGAGACCAUCGAACUACUUGAUAGACUUCGCGACGCCGAAUUACUGGAGCCGGACGACAUCGACACAAUCGGCCGCUUGAUCUUUGACAGUGAACCGAGAGUCAGGAAGGCCGUGGCCAAAUUCUUCGUCUCCAACAUCGAAGACCUGUACCGAGCAAGCAUCGAGGAUUUUGAAGAAGCCCAAUAUCAGGCUGCACUGCCUGGUGCCGACGAGGUUGAGGAUCUCACCGUGCCUACUCAAUCGUGGAUCAAGUUUAAAUGCCUGGGCUCUAUCCUUGCCGGCUACGACAAUGAUGAGGAGUCCCUCGACGACGUGGCUGCCCAGACACUGCCUUCGACCUUCACUGCAGACUCCCGCUAUACACUGGCUACACAAGCCAUUUAUCCUCACAUGCCGGAGCUACAUCAAUGGGAAUCCCUGGCAGGGUAUCUUCUCUAUGACCAUUCUUCGAUCUCAUCGGCAGAAGACGAUGAAGAUAUCGCCGUCCAAGUCCAACAAGCUUACAAACUGAGUGGUGGUGAAGACAUCAUUCUGCUCGAUGUUCUCUAUUCAGCAGUCAAGCAAUACUUGCAAUCGAUCAUGGAUGCGCCAUCGGGUCGCAGGACCAACGCCGCAAAGGACGAUCUCCGGCAGAAGCAAGAAACUGCCGCACAAAACCUCACAGUCAUCAUCCCCCAGCUUCUCAGCAAAUUUAGUAGCACGCCGCAAGCAGCCUCGUCUGUCCUGCGGAUAGAGCAACUGCUGGAUAUUGGUCUCAUCAAUGAUCUUCAGAGUGGCGAAGCUGCUUAUACGGCUAUCCUGGAUGACAUCAGCAAACAGUUCACAUCACACUCGGACAAGAAGGUUCUGGCUGCAGCAAGUGUUGCGUUCCGCAAUGCCAGGAGCUACGAGCAGAGUAAAGAAGCGGCUGAUUUGAAGGUACAGGAACUCUGGACAGAAUCUGUCACCACACUGGCAAAUCUGCUUCGGGGGAAAAAUGUCGAGGAGCGGGGAACACUCGACCGACCGAUCCUUAGUGAGGUUGUCAACACUACCGUACGUCUGGCGGAGCUAGCUGGCGUUUACGACUGUUCUCGUAUCAUCGAGGGCACUCUGGAUUCCGGGGCAUCCAAAAAGCAGAAGGGCAAGACGAACAGCCAGACGACGCUGUUAGAUCUCUUGUUGCAGUUGUUGAAACGAGGCGAACCGGACGACGACAGCACAGACGACUUUGCGGAACUCGAAGACCAGUUAUGUAUUGCUCUCAUCGAAUUGUUCUCGCGAUACUUCCGGUGGAAAGUGUUUGGCCUGAAGAAAGCAAUUUCGGCCAACGACAGCGCCCAGCUCUCAACAAGAUCGCUGACCGGCUUUGCGAUGACACGGUCGACUUUCGUGGAGGCCCUUGCCCCGACCAUCAUUCUACGUACGCCUUUAGACCCCGUACGCUACACGGCGAUACUGAAUGUGUUGGAGCUCUUCGCACUCUUCUCAACGAUCAGAAACAUGCUGCCGGACAAAGGCGAAUUGGACGAAGACAUCGAACGAAAUCUCAACAGCUUGAUCACGACCAUGCCCGAGGACAUUGUGCGAGCAGUCCUGGUCACGCACGAGAAGCUGGAGAAGUCCUUUGCGAAGAGGACACGCAGAAAGAUCGAGACCAGCGACAAGCACAAGGCCAAGGCAUCCACGCCCGUGGAGACACAGGAAGACAUCGAGAAGCCGCCGGAAGAUUCCGAAGACGAAGCAGAGGACUCUGAUGCCGAAAACAGCGAGGACGACGACGACGAGGACGGCGACGCACAUAUUGCAGGCGGAGGCCGGACCGCGAAGAAACAAGCUGCGCUCCUGGCCGAGCAACACCUCUGCGAAGUCACGAGCAAGAUCAUCUUUGCCCUCGUCGGCGGCGCGAUCAAGGAUGACCAGGUCAAGAAGCGGUUGAUGCUGAACCGGACCAAGCUGGGCAAGAACUAUGCAACUCUGCUCUCCUAUCUCGACGAGAAGAAGGAAAAGAAGUCCCGGACGAAAGCGAAGAAGGCCGAUGUCGAAGCGGCGGCUAAGGCUGCUGCGAAGCACAAUGCAGGGUCGAAGAAGCCUGUGUCGAAUGAGAUGGUGCUCGAGGACGACGAUAUCGAAGACGACGAAGACCAUGAUGAAGAAGAGGCUCAGAGGCAGCGCGAUCUGGAGGAGGACAUUGAUGAUGAAAACGAUGGAGAGGGAAACCAUGAGGACGACGAUGAGAACGAUGAAGCGCAUAAGGGGGAUGGCUCUGAUGACGAGAUCAUGGGCGAUUAA